AUGAAUUCCCUCUAUACCCUCGGCGUGCGCCAAACUAACUCCAUACAAGCCGACUUGGAGAGGUUGCGGAAUGGCGAGAAGUCAGCGUCUCUGUUAGGUCAGAUAUCAGCAUCGCUUGCGGCGAUGCACAGGACAGUGGAGGAUUAUGAUUCCAUGGCGAAGCGAGAGAUCAUUAAAGCAAAGCAGGAGAAGGCCAUGAUGCGUGUUCAGAAAUUCCGGUCUGACUACUCAGAUCUCCGAACGCAGUUCGAGACUAUGAAAACCGAGCAUGAGGCUGCAUUCCGCGCAGAACUAUUCUCCGGCUCGUCAUCCUCUACGGUACCCUCCUCUGCUCCAGGCGACACGCGCAGGCGAUUCAUGCAACCGUCCCCGAACGAGGAGAUAUCAGAAUCUCCAUUCCGAGGACCUACCCCCACCCACCUUAACGGCGCAUCUCGUGAAUCAUAUGCCUUACGCGAACACAGCUUCAUUCAGAACACCGACACCAAGCUCGAUGAGUUUAUUGCGCAGGGAAGAGCUGUCUUAGACGAUUUGGUCGACCAGCGCAACGUAUUGAAGGGAACACAGCGGCGGCUUCUGGAUGCAGCCAACACGCUCGGGUUGAGUAGAGAUGUCAUCGGCUGGAUUGAGAGGAGAAGUACACAAGACAUGUACAUUUUCUUCGCGGGGGCGAUAUUCACGUUCUUCUGCUUUUUCCUCAUCUGGAAGUAUCUGGGUUGA